AUGUCGGAGCAGGAGCCGUCGCGCCUCGAGCUGGAGAUGGAGCUUCUCGAGGCCAUGUAUCCCGAGCAAGCAAGCUACGAAACUAAAGCACGCGAGCUCAAGUUCAUCCAGAAUGGCGCAUUGCUGCAGCUAAGAUUACCCGACUCUUAUCCAGAAUCAGGCCUGCCAGAUGUGAUUGCAGCAAGCGAUGCAUCGAAAACAGAUAUCCGCGCCGCCACUAAAACGGCAAUCAAAGAGUUGGGUUUGAUGGAGGGAGAGGAAGCCUUGGACGCCAUCAUCGUCGCAUUCCAAUCGGUGCUCGAAUCCGCCAGCACCGCACAACCCUCCACAACCACCGGCUCCAACGACAAUGAUACGUGUAGAACGGUCAUCAUAUGGCUCCACCACCUCCUGGCCCUUACAAAGAGGAAACUCGCCCUGUCCCCAACAACCCUCUCCGGCAUCACCAAACCUGGCUAUCCAGGCAUCAUGAUCUUUAGCGGUCCUGCAUCAGCUGUCACCGAGCACGUGAACACGCUCAAAGCCGAGAACUGGCAGGCUUUCCAAGUGCGAUACGAGGAGAACCUCCUGUGGAAGUUUGGACAUGGGAAGGGAGUCAAAGAAGUGGAGACGAUGGCUGAGGUGGUAAAGGGUGUAGAGGGGGCGAAGGAGCAGAAAGACGAGUUUCUCAAGGCAGUUGGGAUCAAGUGA